UUGAACACAAUGGUCGUUGAGCAGAAAGAGCAAGAGCCUAUUGUCAAGAUGCGCGACCGCAAUGUCAACGCUGCUGCACAUUCUGCGUUGGCUCGUGGAAUUGAGGCACUCAACGAAGGAGAAGUGACCGAGGAGACGGAAGAAAUUCGCAAGCUGGACACCCAGCUUGAUCAUCUUAAUGACUACAUGUCUAAGAUGGAAGAGCGUCUGAAGGCACACAACGACAGAAUGAUGGAGACGUUGAAGCAGCAGAAGGAAGAGCGCGAAAAGAGACGUCGCAGCUUCCACGAGCGUAUGUCCCAAAAUCAAUCUGAAGAUGAGGAGUUCAAAAAGCAAAUGAGCAGCAUCCUGAAGAGAGUUCAAUCUGUCAAACGCACCGAAAAAUAAACCAGAAUGCUUUUCAAUUGGUACAUGUACACUAUUUAAUGUAUUACUUUCAUACCAACAACAUCCUCAAAUCAUUCACAUUUUUAACCUUAAAGCUGUUUCGAUACGAACUGUUGGAAAAUGAUUUGGUUCCUCGUUCUCUAUAUUUUUCAUUCACUUUUUUUAAUCGAACUUCCUUAUUUUUUUCCUGUCCCCUGUCCCCCGCUCUCCACCACUUAACCACUUAACUAUUAACUUUUUCUUUUCAAGCUUUGAUCGUUCGCCGAAUUCAAUGCAAAUAUGUUUGGAAAUAAAGUCAACGCCGCGUUCCAUGUGGCACCGCAUUGAGAUGAUGUUUAGAAUAAAAGGUUAUUGUUG